CGCGUCUUCGUGAGUUGUAACGAACCGGAUUACCGGAACCUCCCUCUCUCGUCAACGGGCCUCGUCCGUCGCGCCCGAGGAAACCACACCCACCCCAGUUGCGCGCUAUGGCGGCGACGUCGCCGAGGCGUCUGCCGGCGCCGGUUGCCGUGGCCGCCGCCGUGCUCCUCCUCGCGUCCGUGGCCGCGGGCGACGACCGCAACGGCGUGUACGACCCGUGCGCGGACACGACGGUGCGGCGCGGCGACGGGUUCACCCUCGGCGUGGCCUUCGCUGGCCGCGACGCCUUCUUCUCCGGCGGCGCGCAGCUCUCCCCCUGCGACAGCCGCCUCGGGCUCGCCAACCGCGCGCAGGUCGCGCUCUUCCGCCCCCAGGUCGACGAGAUUUCGCUCCUCACCGUCAACUCCUCCUCCUUCGACCCGUCAUCUAACGGUGGAUCCAUGGUCGCUUUCGCCGGGAGGAAAUACGCGGCGAGGUCGCCUCCGGUUUUCGUGGGCAACAGCUCGUACACGGUGACCAGCUUCACCCUGGUGCUGGAGUUCCAGAAGGGCAGGCUGCAGAACCUGUUCUGGAAGGACGGCGACUGCUCGUCGUGCUCCGGGCGCCCCGACUUCGCGUGCGUGGACAGGAGCUGCGCGGUGAGGACGACGAGCUGCAGGGGCAAGGGCGGGCAGGCGGACUGCAGCCCGGGCAUCCAGCUCGCGUUCUCCGGCACGGACAAGCACGAGGCCGUGCUCAACUCGUGGUACGAGGUGUCCAGGCUCCGGCAGUACUCCCUGUUCGGGCUCUUCUCCAACCUCAAGGACUCGCUCACCAGCCAGUUCAGCAGCUUCUUCUAGUUCUAGAGCCCGAUCGAUGAGACGAGCCAGAGACAUCUUUCUGUGUGUUCGUUUAUAUCUGUUCUUCCGUAUUACUGUACGUUAGUGUGCAGGGAAUGUUCAGUAAAUGAUGAAGAGUAUUUCUGUUCCUGACAAAAAAGAAAAUGUUUGUACAUUACCAGUCGGUCCUAUUCCUAUAUGUAGCUAUAUAGUUGGUACUUGGUAAUACGAACUACGAGACAGAGCAAGUUAUGCGUGCGACUCUUCA